AUGGAAAUCGGGUAUAAAUUUUCAUCAAGAACUGUGAUAUAUGUAUUGAAUCCUUGUCAUGUAACUACAGCAAUACAGAUAUACCUGUUAGCAGCAGCACCUAGUAGAGCAGUUACUGCAGUAUUCAGAUUUCAUUUAAAUUUAUUAAAUGGACCAUUAUUGGCGUUUGUCUUCCCAGAGACAGACACCAGGCUAUUGCCUCUAGAAACCGCUAUUUAUUGGAUACAACAUGGGAUGAUGGUUGUUGUGCCUUAUUAUCUUUUACGAGUAGGAGGUGUAUAUAAUGUUGAAAAAUAUAGUGAUAUAUCGUGGAAUGCUAUGAGUUAUGGAAUCAACUUGUUAUAUCAUUUUAUAAUUCUGCAAGUUGUGGCCAUUCCUACGGAAGUCAAUCUGAAUCAUAUGUUAUGUCCAGCAAUUUUAGAUCCAUUUGAUGGUCAAUUUUAUAGGUUAGCAGCUGUUUGCCACCAAGCUGUGCUGUGCCCAGCUCUUUGUAAAUUAUUUUGCCUAGUUUCAGACUUUUUUCUUACAAAAUUUAAAUUCACCAGAGUGAAGUCAACACUAGGUUGUGAAGUCUACGCAACACCCAAUGGAGACACAACAGAUAUAAAUCAUCUACAUGUGAAUUAG